GUUUGUACAGACGACUGAUUUGCGAUGUAAAGAACCACAUGCCAUGGCAUUAGAAAAGUAGUAUAUAUAUAUAUGUGUUCAAGACUGUCAAUAUUUGCAACGUCCCUAUCGUGUAUUGAGAAAUUCUUCAGAGCAUUUACUUAAGAACGACACGACUCGGCAGUUUUGCAGUUACAAAAAGCCGUUAUAUAUAUCCACCACAUGAAUUGACAGCAAUUUAUUCGAAGCAAGUUGGAAUCAGAAGAGGCUCAGAAAUGGGAAAAUUCGACAAGAAAGUUGUUAUUGUAACUGGCGCUUCCAGUGGUAUCGGGGCCGCAACAGCAGUAUUAUUUGCAAAUGAAGGUGCUAACGUUGUUGUUACUGGGCGAAACAAGGAACGUUUGCAGGAAACAGCAAAAAAGUGUGAAGCCGCUGGUGCUCAGGUUCUGGAAGUUAUUGCAGAUUUAGGAAAAUUUGAAAAUCUAGAAAGUUUAGUCAAACAAUCUGUAGAAAAGUUUGGUGGAAUCGAUAUUCUUAUCAACAACGCCGGAUAUGGAAGAGCAGAAACAAUCGAGACGCUUGAACUAGAGGAAUACGAACGGAUAUUCAACGCCAAUCUUCGUGCUCCAGUGUUUCUCUGCAAAUAUGCUUUGCCACAUUUAAAGAAAAGUAAAGGUUGUGUGGUUAACGUGUCAAGCUGUUCUUCACUUCAUGCCACCCCGCAAUCUGUUCCAUAUAGCAUGACAAAAUCUGCACUUGAUCACUUUACAAGGGGAUUUUCAGCAGAAUGUGCACCGUUUGGAGUUCGAGUCAACUGCAUUAAUCCUGCUGUAGUUGGAACAAGGUUUGGAGAGAACUUGAAUAUACCAAAGGAAACGGUGGACAAGAUGAUAGCAGUCUAUAUGAAAAAACAGCCACUUGGAAUUAUCAGUUCCGAACAAGUAGCUGAUGGUAUUCUUUAUCUUUGCUCAUCGCCCGUUACUACAGGAAUAACUCUUCCAAUGGAUGGAGGCUUGCUGAAUUCAUUAUCCAUGUAAUUUUUUACAGAAAACAGAAUAUAUCAGUUUCAUAAGUAUUCUGUUAUAUUUAUGGCAAUGCUUACCAGAGCACCACUCUAAAUUUUGAAAAAUUCCAAUGUGUAAUUACUGACUAGGGACUAUCUAAUUUGUCUUUGGGUCUGCAUCUGAACACCGUGGUACAUAUCUAGGCUUUCUGUUCAGCCCCC